GCGGGACGGAGGAGAGGAAGGCGGGCUCCUGUCACGUGACCAGCGCGCCACGCCCCCCCCCCGACGGGGAGGCUAUGGCGGCGGCAGGAGUAGAGGGGCAGGCGCCUCUGCUGAGUCCUGGGGAUGGGGAAGAGGAGGAUGACAGCAGGGAUGAUGUGGAAACACAAGAGCAUUAUAAGAGCAGGUGGCGAUCCAUCUGGAUUAUGUACCUUACGAUGUUUCUCAGUAGUGUAGGUUUCUCCAUUGUAAUUAUGUCUGUAUGGCCAUAUCUCCAAAAGAUUGACCCGACAGCGGAUGCGAGUUUCUUGGGUUGGAUUAUAGCUUCAUAUAGCAUUGGCCAAAUGGUUGCCUCUCCCCUGUUUGGCUUGUGGUCCAAUUAUAGGCCAAGGAGAGAGCCUCUUGUUGUUUCAACUGCUAUUUCAGUAGCUGCUAAUUGUCUUUAUGCCUACGUCCACGCGCCUCACUCACACAACAAAUACUACAUGUUGACUGCACGUGCUCUAGUGGGAUUCGGAGCAGGAAAUGUCGCUGUUGUUCGAUCAUAUAUUGCGGGUGCUACUUCUCUUACGGAAAGAACAAGUGCCAUGGCCAAUACCAGUGCGUGCCAAGCAGUUGGCUUCAUAUUAGGACCAGUUUUUCAGACAUGUUUUACGCUUAUUGGAGAAGAAGGAGUAACAUGGAAAUUAAUUCAUCUUGAGCUGAACAUGUAUACAGCACCAGUUUUAUUUGGAGCUCUGUUAGGAGUAAUUAACAUUAUUCUCAUCUUUGCCAUAUUCAGAGAGCAUCGAGUGGAUGACUUGGGACGGCAAUGCAAAAGUGUCAAUUCUGAAGGAGAAGAAAACGAUGUUGUGGAUCAGGAUGCAGAAGGAAACAUUGACCACGUUGCUGUGGUAGCGCUGAAUUUUCUUUUCUUUGUCAUCUUGUUUGUGUUUGCUGUCUUUGAAACUAUAGCUACCCCAUUGACGAUGGAUAUGUAUUCCUGGACCAGGAAAGAAGCUGUUUUUUAUAAUGGAGUAAUCCUGAGUGUAGUUGGCGUUGAAUCAGUUAUUGUUUUCAUGGUGGUUAAAAUACUGUCUAAAAGGACUGGUGAGCGUGCCAUACUCCAUGGAGGUUUACUGAUUGUCUUGGUUGGAUUCUUUAUCUUACUGCCUUGGGGGAAAAAACUACCCAAUAUCCAGUGGCAAGAAAUAAAGAACAACUCCAUUCCCAGAACAACUUCCAUUGAAACGUUGGUGCCUUUCUGGAGUCUGCAAGCCGUGCAGCUUCCAUCCAACCAGACAGAACCCGUAGGCUGCCCCAUCACGCAGUCCUGGUGCCAGAAUACUCCCAUGAUCUACCUGGCCCAGUACCUCAGCUCUGAUGUGCUAAUUGGAUUGGGCUAUCCCGUUUGUAAUGUCAUGUCCUACACUUUAUACUCCAAAAUCCUAGGACCAAAGCCACAGGGUGUCUACAUGGGAUGGUUAACUGCCUCGGGAAGCGGAGCACGAAUACUUGGGCCUGUUUUUGUGAGCCAAGUGUACACUCACCUAGGACCACGCUGGGCAUUUAGCUUAAUCUGUGGAGUAGUUGUACUCUCUCUUCUAGUCUUGGAGAUAGUAUACAAGAGACUUAUUGCAUUUUCUGUCAGAUACGGAAGGAUGCAAGAAGAGAAUUGUUAAAUAUGCAUUUUUAAAAAGCAAAACCAACCAGAAAUAAUUCUUUAUUACUACUUUUUAAUGAGAAGUACCUAACCGCUGACCUUGUUGGCUGUGUGCUAGGAACUGUGCACCUGUACUUAUUACGCAUUGACAGAAGACGUAACUUGGUUGAAUCCUAACACCCAGCUACACCUGCUGCGAUAGUUCUGCUGUGUUCUGCUUUUCCAGCAGCAGAGGAGGGAUGCGGAUCAGUAGGACGACACUUCUGAAGUGUAUACAGUGUAAUUGGUGCACCCGUGUACUGAACGCGGCUGGAAAGGUCACAGGUUAUGCGCAUCCUUUCCAGAGAGAAGUGAAAGAAACAUUGUCUUGAUUCUGUGAAUCAGGAUUAAUAACUUCUGUAACUAUGAGAUUAGUUGAGCUGCGUGCACUUUGUAUGGAAACAUCACUAGGGAAGUGACCCUUCUGAUGGUGUUUGCUACCUGUAAGCACUGGUUAAUGCAAAACCUCUCCUUUUGGAAACUGCCAUGUAUCAGCAUGUCUCCAGGAUUCCAAAUGAAAGGUGAUGGUCUUACAAGUCUUAUGAGGAGUGGCUAAGGGAACUGUGGUUGUUUAGCCUGGAGAAGAAGAGGCUGAGGGGAGAUGUUAUCACUGUCUAGGACUACCUGAAAGGCGGUUGUAGCGAGGUGGGUGUGGGCCUCUUCACCCAAGAGACAGGUGAUGGGAUGAGAGGGUGAUUGAGUCACCGUCCCUGGAGGGGUUUAAAUGACAGGCAGAUGAGGUGCUUAGGCACAUGGUUUACUAGUGGACAGGUACGGGUGGGCUUUUGAUGAUCUUGAAGGCCCUUUUCCAACCUAGUGAUUCUAUGAUCACUACAGAAGUGACCCUUCUGAUGUUUGAUACCUGUAAGCUCUAGUUAAUACAAAAUAUCUCCCUUUAGAAACUGUCACGUAUCGCACAUCUCCAGGAUUCCAAAUGAAAGGUGACAGCUGCAAAGGAAGGCAGGCGCCUGCUUCACAGGCAGUUUCUGUGGGAUUGGGGUAUUUAAGCUGUUUAAGAGGCAUUGAAAAUCGCAGCCUCUGGCCAUUAAUUGAACUACAGUGAACUAUAGGUGGAAUUUUCCUUCUACUGUUUGCUGAAUGCCUUUUUGUAGCAAUAGAGAACCUGCACAGAGUGGGAUUAUGCACUGUGUUUUGUAACUUUAUUACAAGGAGGAAAUACUAAGCAAGAUUGUUUAUACUCUCGCUGUCAUUGGUGAGAAUGACUGCACUGUGCCCAGAAGCCAGCUUUGAUGCCAAUUAAGUAAAAAGGAGGAAACUGGCUCCUCGGGGUGUUAACUGUUCUUUGUAGACUUACUUUUUCUGAUAACGUGGUACAAGAUUCUACAAUAUUUGAAUCAUUUGGUAUUUAUUGUAAGAAAUGAAAUAAUAGUUUUUCAUCAGAAUGGGGCGUAAGCUUGUCUAUAUGGGUUUGGUUUAUCUGUUUCUAUCUGGAAGAACUCCAGUAUUGGAGUUGUAGCUGCUGCUUAACAUGUUUAAUAUUUGAUGCUUCUUGAAUUUAUUAAAUGUAAUUAAGUAUUCUAAUGUAAUGAAUUGUUCAAACACUACAAGACUACUGAAUAAAAUUACUUAUUUUUUCAAUACUGACUGAAGGGAAUACAAAAGCUUUUUUCUCUCUUGAGCUUUCCAGCUGCAGAGUCACAAAACAUUAUGAGGAAGGACUUUGCUUUUAUAGGGAUUUCAUUUAUAUGCUAAUUCCUAAUAAACAGUACCAGAAAUCCCCUGGUUUGGUGGUGAAAACAGACUGCAGAAUGACGUGCUUAGUUACAGCAAUCAAAAGUUACUUCAGUCAUGAGAAAUUUGUGUUACUUUAGAUGUGAGAAAAGCAAGAUUAGAAAUGGCUAAUGGGAUUCAGUGUUGUACGACUCUGUGCUUGAAGUAUCCCUGUUGUGGGGUUUUGUUCUUGUUUAUAAGACUGAUUCUUUUUUUUAAACCACUUUGUUUUGGUUGCCUUAAAAUCUCUGUUGAGCCUGCAGCAGCAGUAGAGUCCUUCACCAAAGUAUCUCACUCUCACAAGCAGCCCAGAUGCUCAUUGUUUCUACCAAGGCUUUGAUAAGUUGACACUUUCCUGUUUC